CUCCGGCCGGCUCGCGACAAACCCGCUGUUGGGUCUCGGGGUGAGCUUGCGCAGCCCUCCCCGCAGCUCAGACGGCGGCCCCGCGGCGCUUGCGCUUGAGAUGGGCCCAGAAAGGGCCCCCGGUCAAGCCGGGGGCCCCGCAGCCCCGCGGCAGCAAGGCGCGGCGGUGCUACCCGAGAUCGCUGCGCUGAUGGGCUGGGGAGGGGCCUCCGACCAAGCCUGGGACCCCCCAGCUUCGCCGCGGUCGGGUGCGACGGGGCUGCCCGAGAUCGACGCUGCACUGCAGGCGCACGAGGCACGCAUAGGCGAGAUGCUGUCGGCGCGCUCGGCCGCGAGCUGCCACAGCGAGGGGCGGGACGUCGCCUUCGAGCAGACUUACUGGAUGGAGCAGCUGGGCAACUCCUGGCAGCAGCUGAUGCGGGAGCUCCGGCAGCACUUCGACGGCGCUCUCCUGCAGGAGCUCCUCAGGAACAGUGAGGAGACCCUCGCGCAGUGCACUGGCGUCCGCUCGGACGUGGAGGCGGUGCGGGGCCAGCUGGAGGAGCUGCGGGGGCGCGAGGAGAGGCGGCGGGCGCCGCCGGAGGAGCUCGGGCCGUCCGCGCUCGGGCAGAUCGCCGAGGCGCUGCGAGGGGUCGUGCAGGAGGAGCUGGUCGCGCAGCGGCGGGCCGUGCAGGAGGGGCAGGGGCCGCUCGUGGCGGCGGGCCUGGACGGGGCGGCCAAGCUGCAGGAGGAGCCGGGGCAGGCCCGCGGCGAGGGGCCGCCGGCGGCGGCCCCGCCCCGCCCAGCCACGAGCAGAGGGCCCGCUCCGCUAAAGCCGCGCGCGCCGGCUGGGGCGCGUGCGCAGGCAGAGGUCCAGCGCUCCGAGGAAGCGGCCCCUGGUGGCGACGGUGGCCGUUGCGAGCCGUCUGUGGUUUUCUGUGUCGGGCCGGAGCUGAAGUCGCCCGGUCAUUCAGGGGCGGGGGCCGACCACUCGCCGGGCUGCAGGCCAGCGUGUAUCAGUACUGGCGCCAGCGGCAGGGUCGCCCCACCCAGGUGCCGCCUUCCAAGCAUGGGGCCCUGGGCCCCAGAGGACACGCUGGCCCAACAAAAGGUCGAGCCGCGCUCGGACACUCUGACCACUCUGACCGCUGGAUCGUCCCAUGUCCUCGGCUGCAGCGCGGAGACGCGGACCUCAGAGUCUCUGGAGAACGGCGGCCGGGAGAGCCAGAGCCACUGGUGGGAGUGGGAGCGCUCCAAUGGCAAGGGCUGGAAAGCGUACACCGUUGAGCAGUCGGAGAGAAUCGAGAGAGAGUGGCGGUCCGGAGUCUCGAGGAUGUUGGUGCGAAGCGGACUGUCUGGCAACACGCCGAUGGAGGUAUAUUUCGUAGACAUGGUUCAACUUGACCCCGAGUCGGAGAACGUGAGGCGGAUACGCCGCGUGGGGAAGGUACCAUGGCGCGUGAGGGCCACAAGGCUGCGCAAGGCUGCCUCCCAUUCAUUGGAGACUGGCGAGCCCAUGUUCGAAUCACUUGAGCAGUACAAGCUGCGCCAAGCGUCGUCCAUGGGAGCCCUAACCAGGCGCCACAACCGAACAGUCACAGACAUGAGCUCCUUCAGACGCUGGCUGCGCGUGCUUGUCCAAGACCGCUCGUCUAGCUCCAUCUUCACCCUCUCCAUGUUUGUCACCUUGUGUUGGUGUAUAUUUCUCGGUGUCGAUGUGGAACGUCAUCCUGACGCCAGGUCCAUCUACAGCAAGGAUUCGACGUUCAUCACCCUGGAGCUCUGCUUCAGCGGGUUUUUCUUAGUCGAGCUGGUCAUGCGACUUCUAGGCUGCCUGUCGUUGCGGAAAGAAUUUCUCCGAGACAUGUGGAACAUCAUCGACACGGUGUGCGUGCUUGGGUCUCUGAUUGACAUUCUUUUCGUGCCCACGAUCAACGCCGUGCUCCCAGGGGCUGUGGCCAAGAACUCCGAGACCGAGUUGAACGCUCUCCGCACGAUGCGAUUGUUCAAGCUUCUCAGGAUCCUCCGCUUCAGCAGGGCCUCAAUGGAUGUGAAUAUAUUUUUCAAGGGGCUGUUAUCUGGAUUGAAGGAG